AUGGCGAAAAUCUACAAAGACUCAAGGGUCGAUCUUCGGCCUUACGCCCCGACCACGGUCGCUAACAUCCAGAUCCCUACACAAGAGAGCCUGAUCAGACGCCCACGCUUUUCUAUCUCAACGGCCGAUCAAGAACUGCCAAUCGCCAAAGACGAAGACGAGUUCGCGAGACGAUACCUUGCGACACAAGGGAAUGUCUACUUCCGCAAGCGCAGGGUCUAUCCGCGGACCUUCUUGUGGAGGGUCAUCAACGACAACAAAGUGCUUGAGAUCCAGUGCGCGGACCUGACCAAGGGUGGGACUGAAGUUUACGAAUACAAUGUAACUUUACGACUAGACUUCCAAGAGGACAUCCUUCCUUUUGGGGUUGAGCUCUCCGAUUCCGAAGACCACGAAAUCAUCAAUGUCUUUGUGAUCACCGCAUCCAAGCACCUCCACACUCUGUCUCUACGCCCUGAAUUCUUCCGCCGAACCUCCUCCAUCGACGAAAAUGUGAGAGACUGGUGCAAAACCUGCCUCCCCGCUCCUUUGGCCUUCUCGAACCCCCACCGACUACACGCUAGCAGCCCUCUUGAACUGUUCAUUUCCCUUGACAAUGGCGCGUUGCUGCGAUUGACCCGCAGAGCUGGAGACGACGGCUCCCACUGGUCCCCUCUUACCUUCGACGAGCGCACAUGGGGCUCUUCAAUCCGAGGCCUUGUGAAAUGGAACGCGCCCUCCUCCAUCCGACACGACGGGCGCAAUCUCGAUUUGAAUGUCGCCAAUGCGAUCGCGACCACAUCCGACGAAACCUACGUUUUUGCGAUCUGCCUAAACCACACCCUCAAGAUCUGGAAUCUUGCCACGAACAAACUUGCAGCUACAAAGGACCUCCUCGGACGCCAGAUUCAGGACCUGGAUGUCGUUUCAUACACACUGAACCCCGCCGAGUCAUCAUUUAUGCGCGUUUUCAAUGCCGAGCGGGCAAUGGACGGGGGGCACCGCUACUACGUGGUAACAUACUCACCAUUUGAGGAUGGAAAAUUCAAGUUCUGGGCUGUGAAGGGUGGUCUGACAUCCGACCUUGUGAUCGAGGAAUUGUUCCCGAAUGAUACUUUCCGACCCGUGGACCCCGAUGCGACUGGCAAUAUGUUCUGGAACAUCGCCGAUUUCCAAAUUAAGUCCCGGGAAGAAGGCAAGGGAAUGGAGAUGUGGGUGCUCUGGAGAAACCACGGUCUUUAUCAACUCUAUACCCUGCACUUCGAUCUACAAACUCUUGUGUCGGAUUGGGCCAACAAGUGGGUUUCAACAACAUUCGAAACACAUCGACACGAAUUGCCACCUUCUCUGGUCGUGGACGACGUUGUCGAUCCAACAGAAAAAUGGCUGCAGUACUUGCUGCAGCCGAACAGAUAUUUGCCCGAGGUCCUAGAGACCGCUCUGGCCGUAUAUCAAGAAGCCCUGAAGCCGCUUUCAUCGGCUUCUUCCGGUGGAUUGAAAAAGAGUUUGCCUUUGGCGGAACGACUCUGCUCUGCGAUAGCAUCUGCAGUAUCACUUCGAAAAUUCGCUGAUGAUGAGAUGGACUAUCACCGCUUCACAUCUGACACAGACGCCAAGUGGCGUCAGUUCUGGCAGGUCGCAGAAGACCUCAAUAAGCGUCGAUUCGAACCAGUCUCCCUCGCCUACGACUCUUACACCGAUAUGCCCUGGCUGCUCCUGUCCGACGCCUGUGCGGUAGUGCGAGAGUGCAGUAUCACCGAACUCUUGCUGCACAAUUCCGAUACCGAGAUUACUGAUGGCGUGCCGCUCAUGAUGGACCGCUGGAGGCACAGGAAUGUCCCCAGGGAAAUUGGCCCCGACUCCCAAACUGCUUCUGUUUUACUGAGGGUGGCGUCUGAUUUCCGCAAGAAGUUCACUGCUCAACUUGAUGGGGCGUGCAGGGCUGCCCUCCAGGCCGAAAUAUUCUCGGAGCCUUCUUCAUCGAUCUUGGAUCGCAUGGACAGCUUCCGGGAGCGCUGCGACUUCACAAACCAGAUCUCGAACAAGACAUUUGAUAAUUUGGACGCUGCUUUGAGCGAAUAUAUGGACACGGAUUCCUUGCCCAUGAAUGCAUUCCUUGCUAUCAUUCAUACAGCCUCGCUUCACUUCUGCGGAGAAGACUCUGAGCUUUCUUCGACUUGCUUCGGAGCCCGAGUCCUCGUCAGUGGCGCUCAGGAAACAAUCUCCAUCAUGCGCCAAAUAUUCUUCGAUCUAUUGAUUCUUGUCACAUUCUUGGACGGCGAGCUGGAGCAAUCCAGCGACUCGGAGUUUGAUGCGCCCGCUCUUUUUGCUUCUCUCGUCGAUCUUCUGCGCGAGUAUGAGAUGAUGGCUUGGCUCAGCUCCAACGUCCGCAAGUGCCCGGACAGCCCUGUAAAGCCACAAGAGUCGUCAACAUCGAGACUUCUCAAGGAGAGCAACUCCAAGGGCAAGAAUCAACGAACUGCAAGCAUUCUCGAGGACUUGUUCGUGACCGACAUCAAACCACAGCAAGCAAUUGAUUCUCCCCAGACCUACACCCUGACUUUGGGUAUCAGAGAUGUUGUGGCUUGGAUCACCCGCGCAGGCGAGGUAAACUAUCAGAAUGCUGUCGCCCACAUUCAAUGCGACUUGAUCGCCAAGAAUAAUAUUGACCUUGCAUGGGACUUCCUGCGUUUCCAGGCAAGCACCUCCUGGUCGACGUAUGUCAAGGGCCGCUUGCAUGCCGCUAUGUCAGAAUUUGAUGCUGCAGCAAUCUACUUCCGAAAGGCAGCCUACCUGCUAUCCUGCGGAAAACCGAUGGGCAACCUUUCCGACAUGUCGGCAGAGUUGCUGGAUCUCCUCGACGGGGACUGCUUCCACAACGGUCUCGCAAAAUACUACCAGCACGUCCUUUCGAUCUUUGAAAAAGCGCGCUCAUACUCCCACGUCGCGGACUUCGCCAGCCUGGCGCUGCAAGCCCUUGACUCCGAAGUCUGGGCUGAGCAAGACGUCGAAUACUCCACCACUCGUGACGAUCUUCUCUCACGCUUAUUCACUGGUGCCCUGAAGACGUGCCAGUUCGACCAAGCAUACUCCGCUUUGACCAGAUUACAAGACCUCAAACUACAAAAGACUGAGCUCACCGAGCUCAUUUCCACCAUUCUGGCUGUCUCCGGCCCCGGAACCACCGGUCUCAAGCAGAUCCUCCGCUUCCCCACUUCCCUCGUGCCCAAUAUUGCCUCUUUCAUCGACGAGAUCCUUGUCCACCUGACCCGCAAACAAACCACCAACGUCUCCUGGCAGGAUGCCGAUAGCAAAGCCUUCCAAGCCACCCCCGACUACACUCGUAUUCUUCAGGCCUACCGCAUCGCCCGCAGCGACUACCGUGGCGCCGCUGAAAUCGCCUAUCGCAGUGUCCAGCGUCUCCGCAAGGCCCGAGACACCUCAUCAGCGCUCACCCACAAGGUCAAGGAUGCCGACGAGGCCGCCCACCCCACUGUCGAAGAAGACGAUGCGGAAAGUCAGGAAAUCCGCCACGAACUCCUCUCUCUCAUCAACCUUCUCGCCUGCGUCGACAAGAGCGAAGCCUACAUCCUCGUCGAAAGCGGUCCCCCAAUCAGCACCACGUUCAACGACGAGCGACGCCCAAGCACCCACGCAGACGAGGAAGGAAACAUCUCCAUGGAAGAUGCCGACAGCCCCUCUGUCAAAACCACCAACCGCCGAGGCAGCACCAAAUCCGCCAUCGACCGACGAAGUAGCGUCUCUUCCGAAGUUCCUGCCACGAAUCAUCUGCUUAAGCGCCGCAUCAUCGUCACGCUCGAGCAUCUCCGCCGCGAAUUCCAGUCCGAGCUUGAUCGCGUUAGUCGAAUUGAGCGCGGUGAUUGGGAGUUUGGACUUUAUGAGGAGGAGUUGCAGCAUGAUGAUGAAAUGGUGCUGUAG